CAAACACCCACUUACUAUAAACAACAAGACCCGUAAACCCUGAACCCUAGAUGAAAAACAAGUUCAAAUUUUGAAGCAGUGGAAAGUAAGUAAGCCGAUGGAGGUUAAGGAAGCGAGCGGCGGCGAUGGCAAGCGUCCACCAUGGCUCCACCUGGUUUCUGCAUUUUUCGCCAUGGAACCAUCCGAUUCUUUGAUCUCCAUUUCCAGGGACUGUGGCGGAGGUGCAAUCACUGAGAAUGUUCAGUACUUCAUUUGGAACCAUUGUAUCAGCAAAACAGAUGGAAAGGGUCACACACCUUAUGUAACAUCUUUUUUAAAGAAAGUUGUCCUUGAAGUGGAGUCUGCGGCUGAUGUUGUUAUUGAUGAACUUUACGAACAACUAUCGUUUUACAUGACUUCAUUGAAGGAAGAUGAUUUAGCAAAGGGAGCCCCAAGAAUCAUUCGGGAAAUUUCGUUUCUUUACCCAACAGCGCGAGUCUGCCAAAAUCCAAGGAAAGUAGUUGUACCUCUUAAUUGUUCGCUCAACAUGCUUGAAGGAGAUACUGGUUGUUCCAUAUGGCCAUCAAGCCUGUUCUUAUCAGAGUUCAUUCUUUCAUGUCCUGAACUAUUCUCAAUGAAGUCAUGUUUUGAGCUAGGCUCCGGUGUUGGUUUAGUUGGAAUAUGUUUGGCACAUGUGAAACCUUCAAAGGUGGUUUUAAGUGAUGGUGACCUAUCAACUUUAGCCAAUUUGAAAGUUAACUUGGAGCUUAAUCACAUGAAUAUUCAAUCCUUAUCAAGUGAAAGCGAGGAUCCAUGCGAGGUCAAAUGCUUACAUCUACCUUGGGAAUCUGCAGUUGAGAGUGAUCUUCAAGACCUGAUGCCAGAUAUAGUGUUGGGUGCAGACGUCAUCUAUGAUCCACAAUGCAUUCCACACCUAGUUCAUGUUAUCGUCACUCUCUUGACCACAAAAAAGUCAAACUCUCUACUUAGAGACGGAUCCAAGGUGUCAGUAGCGCCCAAUGAUCAAAUAAACAGUGAUAUCCCAAAUGGAUACGAUGAGUUUGUUCUUGCAUCAACGACACAACCCGUUGCAUAUAUUGCUUCUGUGGUUAGGAAUAUCAACACUUACAAUUAUUUUCAUAAGGUAGCACAAGAAGCAAACCUCAGAGUUGUUGACAUUACUCAAAAUGUCAAGAUUUUUAAUUUUCUUCCUUACAUGUUAUCUUACCAAAGGUCCUCUGUAAGACUACUUGGUAUUUAUCACUCAUUUCGUUAGACCAGCUA